GCACAACAGUGUCCCACACGUGCUUUUCAGCGUUCUCCACGAAUAUGGGCCUAUAGUAAAUUCAUCCUUAAUGUUCUUUGCCUCCCGAACGGACUCUCAGAACCUCUACCUACUAGCUAAGUACACGAAUAUGGUUCCUCGGGCAGUGGAGAUCUUACUCCGAAACUGGAAAGCGGGUGGAGAAUAUAUGCACUAUGCCUUGCACUUCCUCAAAGACUCCUCCUAUUGCCACACGUUGCUCUCGGUGAACUGGACCCGAUGGACACAUCGCGACGAAACUCUGUUCGACCUGAUUGAGGUCUAUGUUCCUGAGGAAGAACAGACGGCUUUAACUAAAGCCGUACUGAAGGCUGACAUCAGGUUCCGUCACCCACUUGAGCGUUUGCAUGCCGCAUGGGCAUCAACUUGGCGACUAGCCAUUCAGAAGCAGGAAUGGAAAGCAGCGAAAGACUACCUGCUUAAGUUUCGUGCCCUUGAAGUAUACCAUGCACUCUUAAACUGUGCGUUGGAAGUCGUGGCUGAGGAAUUCUUGGGAAGAAAUAAAGAGAUAUUGGAGAAUUGGAAAGGGGAUGAGGAACCAUUCCCUGAGCAGGCAAGGCGGCAGUACAUGGAGAUCUUGAAGGACUGUCGUGACUUGCAGGUAAACGUCGAUUUGGUGUUACGGCAGAGUAUGCGUAUUAUGUGGGUAGCUUGAAGGCGCUGAGAGAUGGAGCAUCACGAGAUGCAAUUCAUCGAUUCACAAAGCACAGACGCGUUCUCAGGAUAUGACCUCUUAUGAGCAGAAGAGGCGAUGACCAUCCAGUUGUUUUACUCUCCAACCACCCUCAUUCCAUCCUAUAUUGCUCUCGUUCCCUUUGAUCCCUCCCAAUUCAGAAGUCGAAGCAUCAUCAUCGCGUUUUGUGCAGUGAAAGAGAAUUGAACUUCAAAUAAAUUGCGGUGGAGGGGAGAAUGCCUCCCAUUGUGGAAAGAAGAUCUUGCGGAGGACGAGAAAAAGACUGGUGGCACUGCCAACAUCCCCUAAUACCUCUCCAUGAUCCAAUGUUUCCU